AUGUCGGGGCCAGGCGCGCAUCAGGGUAUUCCGCCCGACAAGCGGACGAUGGCCUACGAGAGCAUCUUCGGCCGCCCGACCGCCAAGCCAAAGGGACCACAACCUCCCUCGGGACCGCCGACGGGCCCCCACGCAGGUUAUCGGCCUCCGCCGGCCAAUUAUGCCGCGACCAACAACCAGAGAUGGACCGCGGGCAUGAUGGGCUACCCAGCUGGAUUUGGGCAGGGCUAUCCCGACGGCGGUCCGAUGACGGCGGCUUCCGCGCCGCCCCAACAGCAGCAGCAGCAGCAUCAUCACGGCAUGCCUCCGUAUUACGGCGGUGGAACCGGAGGCGGCACAGGGAACUACGCGCCUUCGAUCGUUUCGUCCGGCGAUAGCAGCUAUCAUCGCGACAGCAUGGCCGGCGACCGGAGGGUCAGUACCGUCCCAUCCACCACCGGAUCCGAUCCGCGCAUGUCGAUGGCCAGCUACUCUGCCUACGGCAACGGCCUCGGCAGCGCGGCCGAUGCCUACCGCUCCUCGACUCCCGGCAUCACACCCGCCAGCGCCUAUGCGAGCCACUACAUGAACGGCGGCGGUAGCACAAGUGUCGGCAACCUCGGCAACGGCAAUGGGGCCACGCCCGGCGGAUCUGGAGCGGGGCCGGUGGCACCUGGCGGGUACUCCAACCCCAACAGCCACUCGCCGCGUGGAUCGACCUACGCGGACCACGGCCCCGCAAAGCACGACUUUCCCUCGAUGGCUUCGAUAGGCCGAGGUCCCAGCAUCGACCUGAUGAGCGCAUCCGUCGGCCGUAUGGGCAUCGCGGAGCCCGCCGCACAGCGGCCGCCGCCCCGCCUCCCAAGCAUCGAGCUGGCUCGCGACGAUCAGGAUGACGACAAGUCCGAGUACUGGUUUGGCGCAACUGCCGAGGACGCGCCCACGCCGACAAGCCCCGCCUCGAGGAGCUCGCGGCGGCUCGACAGCUUCGGCGCAUCUGCUGUCGGCAAUGCCGCGGAACGAGACGUUUCUGCAGGGUCGAGACCGGGACCGAGUGGCGGCAGAGGACCCGAAGAGGUGCCCACCAGCGGCCUUGAUCAGGUCGAUUACUCGCAAGGCUUCUACGACAACCUGCUGGGCCAGCGGUCAGCGGCGUCUUCCAUCUAUGGCGACGGCCGGCGGAGAGGCUCGUUCGAGUCUGAUCGCCAGUCGAUCUCGAACUCGAUCUAUACGCUCCCCGGCAACCAAAGCGCAUCGAGGAACUUCCAGCCCAUUUCAACGUCCAGCGUCCAUCUGCCCCACACCAACGGAAGCGGCUUCUUGGGCGGUCAGGGAGGAGGAGCUGGCGCCGGUGGGGUCGGCGCUGCCUUUGCGCCCCUCGGCCCAUACGGCAAUCUCGGCGGGAGUGGCUGGGAGCGCCCGGCCAGGAUGCGGACCGCCUCGAGUGCGACACAGGCAGCACAGGCUGCCUACGCCCCUGGCAUGGUGAACCCGCUCGGAGGGCGCCACGAGCCCACCGACCUGGCCAAGGGCGCCGGCAGUAUGGGCCGUGCGGAUCAGCGGUCCAUGUCGUUCGGGCAGGCCGCCUCUCGCCCGUCCAUCCUGCCGACGCCCGUGUCGCCUCAGGGAAGCGUCAAUGGCGUCAAGGCGGCACCAAGCUCGUCCAGUCGCCGAGGGCCUCUCGUCUACCCGGCCCUGCUGUCAAAGGUGGCCGAGGCGUUCCGCUCCCGAGUCACUCUGUCCGAGAGGGCCAAGGACGGCCUUACCUACAGCGACGCCUUUGACGGCAGGGAAGCCGUCGAUCGGAUCGCCUACAUCAUCAAGACCACCGACCGCAACCUGGCGUUGCUGCUGGGUCGGGCGCUCGAUGCACAGAAGUUCUUCCACGACGUCACCUACGACCACCGGCUGCGCGACUCGCCCAACGAGAUCUACCAGUUCAAGGUUAGGGUGCCGACGUCAGGAUUCGGUGGCGGCGGCGGCGGCGGCGGCGGCGAGAGGAACGGCUUUGACGAGGCUGGGGAGAGAGGCUCCGUGCAGAGCGGGCGGAUCUCGACAACCCGCGCCGUCACGCGGGACAAUUCGACGACCAGCCUCAAUCCCGCUGCCUCGAUCUCGUCGAUGUCGUCGAGUCGACCCACUGCAGCGUCAUCGAUGCGGUCUCCGGAUAGCGUCACGCCGGCCACAUCGACCCAUUACGGCCUCUACGACAAUGCCAAGGGCCAGGGUGGGCCCACCGGGGGCAUCGGAAGCGACAAUGUCGUCGACGAAGACGACGACGCCCUGCCCACAGGUGUGUUUACCCUGCUCACCGACUGCUACAGUCCGACGUGCACGCGCGACCGGCUCUGCUACAGCAUAGCCUGCCCGAGGCGGCUCGAGCAGCAAGCGAGGCUCAACAUGAAGCCGCAGCCGGGCCUCAAGAGGACGAUGAGCAAGGAGAGCCUGGGCGAGCCGGUCGAGCGCGGCGCACUCUGGGCCGAGUCGGUGUCAAAGGACGUCUUCGACAGCACCUCGGACACGGAGCGCAAACGGCAAGAGGCCAUCAACGAGGUCAUGUACACCGAGCGCGACUUUGUCGCCGACCUCGAGUACCUGCGCGACCAGUGGAUCAAGCCGCUUCGAUCGCAGGACAUUGUCCCCGAGGAACGCCGCGACGACUUUGUGACGCAGGUGUUUUGGAACGUGCUCGAGAUCCACGCGGUCAACGCCAAGAUGUCGGAGCUGCUCAACAAGCGGCAAAAGCAAGCGGCCGUCGUCGACCGCAUCGGCGACAUCCUCCUCGAGAUGGUGCCGCACUUCCAGCCGUUCGUCAAGUACGGAGCGCACCAGCUGUACGGCAAGUACGAGUUCGAGAAGGAGAAGUCGUCGAAUCCGGCCUUCGCUAAGUUUGUCGAUGAAACCGAGAGGCUGCCGCAAUCGCGCAAGCUCGAGCUCAACGGCUACCUGACCAAGCCGACGACCCGUCUGGCACGAUAUCCGCUGCUGCUGGAACAGGUGGUCAAGUACACCGCCGAUGACAACCCCGACAAGCAGGCGCUCCCGCGUGUGAUCAAGAUCGUCAAAGAGUUCCUUACCAAGGUCAACGUCGAGACGGGCAAGAGCGAGAACCGCUUCAACCUGGCGCAACUCGACCAGCAGCUCGUCUUCAAGCAGGGCGAGGCGGUCGAUUUGCGGCUGCGCGACGAGCAGCGCGAGCUGGUCUUCAAAGGGCCGCUCAAGCGGCGCGGCGGCACGCAGAGCGAGAGCGCCGAGCUGCAGGUGUUCCUGUUUGACCACGCCCUGCUCAUGGUCAAGCCCAAGACGGUCAACAAGCACGAGCUAUUCAAGGUCUACCGCAAGCCCAUCCCGCUGGAGCUGCUCAUCGUCACCGUCUAUGACGAGGUGCCGACGGGCAAGGGCAGCUCCACGCGGCCCAAGUCGGUCAUGUCCAAGACAUCGACGGGCACGCGGCCGACCGGCGCCCCCGGCUCCGCGGCGCCCAAGCAAGACGCCAAGACGGGCUACGCGCUCACCUUCACCUACCUCGGCAAGAAGGGCUACUCGAUGACGCUGUGGGCCAGCACGUUUGUGAGCCGGCGCAAGUGGUUUGAGCACAUCGAGUCGCGCCAGGACAUCCUGCGCCAGCGCUCCAACAUCUUUGACACCAUCACGCUGUCCGAAGGCUUCUUCCUGGGCCCGAACCGCGUCAACUGCUCGGUCCCGUUCGACUUUGGCCGCAGGAUCAUCUACGGCACCGACGACGGCGUCUACCUUUCGGACCUGCGCGAAAAGGCAAGACCACCGACCAAGGUCCUGCCGCUGCCAGGCGUCACCCAGGUCGACGUACUGGAAGAGUACCAGAUCCUCAUCGUGCUCGCCGAGCGGUCGGUCCACACGUUUACCCUCGAUGCGCUCGACCCAUCGGACCCGAUGGGCUCCCUCAAGCGCGGCCGGCGGAUCUCGUCGCACACGUCCUUCUUCCGCGCGGGCAUCUGCCUCAACCGCACGCUGGUCUGCGUCGUCAAGUCGAGCUCGCUCUCGUCGACGAUCAAGACGCUGGAGCCGAUCGAGCAGAACGUGCGGGGCAAGAAGCAGCCCACGUUCCGCAAGCUGCUGCAGGGCGGGCAGGAGUCGCUGCGCGUCUUCAAGGAGUUCUACAUCCCGACCGAGUCGAGCUCGAUCCACUUCCUCAAGUCGAAGCUCUGCGUCGGCUGCACAAAGGGCUUCGAGAUCGUCGACCUCGAGACGCUCGACACCCAGGGCCUGCUCGACCCGGCCGACUCGUCGCUCGACUUUGUGCACCGCAAGGAAACCGUCAAGCCGAUCGCCAUCUACCGCAUCACGGGCGAGUUCCUGCUGUGCUACGACGAGUUCGCCUUUUACGUCAACAAGAACGGAUGGCGCGCCAAGGGCAACUGGAUCAUCCACUGGGAGGGCAACCCGACCUCGUUCGCCUACCACCACCCCUAUGUGCUGGCGUUUGAGCCCAACUUUGUCGAGGUCCGCCACGUCGAGACGGGGGCGCUGCACCAGGUCAUCACCGGGGUCAACCUGCGGUGCCUGUUCGCCGACAUACCCCCGCCGGCACCCACGCUGAGCCAGCAGAACGCCUCGGCCAUGGCUGCCGCCGCCGCCGCUGCCGCCCUGCAUCCGCCGCCGCCGCCGCCGUUUGGCAGCAUGAUUGUCGGUCCGUACGGUAGGCCCAUCCAGCCGAUGCAGCCCCCGUAUGGAGCCUUCCCUGGCGUUCGACCCGGAUUUCCCGGGCCUGUUGCUGGUGCUGGUGGUGGUCCCGGCCCGCCGAUGGGCCUGCCUCCUGGUGCUCCUGGCGGCGUGCCCCUUUACAACGGGCGACCAUCGCCCCCGCCCCCGCCGCAGCUGCCGCCGGGAUCCGGCCCGCCAUUCGGCGUUCCGAUGUCGCAGCCGGGCACACCGCAGGGCCAGAUGGCUCUGCCGCGUCCCGGCUUUCCCGCAAGGCCUCCAGCGAUGCCCUACGCGUUUUCGCAACCGGCACCGCGGCCGCCACCUGUGCAGCGCAACCCGGUGUGGGAGUCGGUGGCCGCCAGCCGCAACCAGAUCGUCUUCAUCGGCGACACGACCGUCUUUUGCGUCCGGCUGCACACCGAGGGCGACAAGGGCAAGGGCGCCGGCGAGGGUGGAGCGGCCGCAUCCAACGGCACAGCAUGA